UUCACUGCCCAGUAUUUCUGGUUUAAGUUCUCCGGGGAGAGGUGUUUAUGAAAGAAAAUCAGUCCCAUAUAAUCGAUGGAAUCACUCCAUAUGCUCUGGUUUUGCGAAAUAAUACCCAGACUCAGUUGGCAUUUGCUUCACGGCACUUAAAAAACGUCAGAGGGAGUAUCUUUUAACAGGGCUGCAGCUUGCAAACGAUCAUGGCCAAUAAGUUACCAAAGAGUCGCUACAAUACCCCUCCAGCCCAUCAAGCGGUUGCGCCGCCCCCCUUCCCUCCGAGACCCGAUCUCUAUGACGAGGUAGAAUGGGCACCGCAUCUGAGCAAAGAUGAUGCUAAGAUUGCGCGUCGAUUCUGGUCCCUUCCAGACUCGUUUCUUGGGGAGAGCUUGGGAGAACAGCCUCGUUUCCUCAGACCAACUAACGACGAGGAAGCACAUGCACAACCAAUGCAUGCUCUUGCCAGAAACGUCUACAACCACCUGAUGCAAGAGUACCUUGUGCCACUUGGACCCGGAAAUUGGGAGCAGAGAUGGGUAGAUUCUGGACUGAACGCUCAAGCCUGGUCAUUCGACGACAUCUUCACGGGCCAAGGCUUCGAUCUUGGGGACAUUACGGAGGACCCUGAUCGCGUAGCCGGACAGCUCAUUUCGGGUAUGAAAGCUCAGCAGCUGAGAGAUACGCUCGAGAAACGGAACCUCUCCAAUGCAGGCACAGUAGCCCAGUUGCGUCAGCGUCUCCGGGAUGAUAAACGCAGAAAGCAUCGAAGAUACCACGUCCUACCACGGAGUGACCUGACCCACUGGGGAAUUGAAAGAGACGAUACCGCCAAGUACGCUAUCGAGAUCACGGAUGAGAGUGCAAUCGGGCCCCUUGACAUGUACACUUGCGCUAUCCUUGUCAGCCCGUAUAAUCCGACCUAUUGGCUGAGUCGGGCCUAUUGCCACUAUCAACAAGCCUUCUUUGACCUUGCUGUCGGAGAUGCUUACCGAGCGCAACUACUUUGUGAGGUGUUGGUGAACCCUUCACUCCGGACUCGUCAACCUGGACUCUAUACUCGGACGUGGCACGCUCUGGAGCAGCAUAUCAGAGCUCAGGAGAGAGAUCCCACCACAGGGAAUCCAUAUCCUGAACUCGAGUGGUUGCGCCAAUCUAAUGGGGUCAAUUAUUUUGUACCUACUAUCCGAAAGGCAAUCCAGAAUGUCAUCAGCCUCAGUCUCGCGGCGCUCCAAUGCUGGGAGGACUAUUACAUAAAGGAAAACGAACUCUCGCACCAAAUGAUCAUGAUAGACCGGGAUCUGGCACCAUUCCAAGACCGUUCAGAAGUGAUGAGGCCUACUGUUCGUACCCUCACCGCCGCGAAAAUGACGCCCGAUUACUUUUUCUACGAGAAAAGAGCCGGCAACGCUUUUGGUGAUAGGAGGUACCCAUAUGAUGCAAAUGAUAAAGAUCGUUCUGCGGACGAAUUUGUGGACAAGGCGACGGAGAUUCUGAUCGACCAGAAUCCCAGUCUCCCUUGGAAAAAGUGCAAGGUCCACGUCAACCACGGAGUUAACAACGACACACAGUUAAGUAUCGUUGCCACCGAAGACAUUGAGGCCGGGGAGAUCAUCUUCGUCGAGAUCCCUCCGAUCAGAGGCCAUCUCAAUCUGCGCAAGCUGCCGAGGGGCCCAAUUGUUCAGCCACUAUUACGGUGUGACAACUGCCAAAAACACCUCUCCGCCCGACACCAGGAGAACUACAGCAAUGAGGUCCAGCAAGGUAAUAUCCGCGAGGCGUGCAGAUGCAUUUCAAAACAAGUCCCCAUCGCAUUCUGCCCUGCACCAAACCAAGAGGGUGAAACCUGCGCCGCGGAUGCCCGAGCCCGAUAUCACUUUCAAGCAUGCGGAAAGGACUGGGAAUGGCUUCACAACGCCAUGCGGCCAAUGACCAGUAUUCUGAGGGGCUACGACCGAGAAUAUUACACACAUACAAACGAGGCCCACACCACAUUACUGAGCCUUCUCCUCCGCGAGGUCUUCGACAUCACACUCCAGAGACGCAAACGCGACCCCCACCUCAUGGCGCAUGAAAUCGACGAGCUUCUCGUCCUCGAAGGCCCCAACAACUGGCAAACGCAAAACUUCCCCUUCACCUUAGCCGGCAACGUGCAAGUCCCAUUUGACAUCCUCAUGCAACUCGGCGUCGACAUCUUCCAGGACCUCACAUUCGACACCUGGGUCAUCCAACUCAUCCUGAGAAAGCUCACCGCGCACAUCGUCCCCUGGGAUCUAGACCUGCGCAAACCUACCAAGAUAAUCAACCAAAAGAAGAUCCUCGCCGGCAAGGCCCAGCUGACAAUGCCAGAACGGGACUUAGCAGCUCUCGACCCCACCUUCCACGCCCUAUAUCUAUACCCGGGCUUCAGUCUCUUCAAUCAUGCCUGUCCUCCCAACAACAACGCAACGUGGGGCUAUGACCCUGAGGUCCUCAAUCGCCUCCUCGUGUGGUCACUCAGACCCAUCGAGAAAGAUGAAGAAAUCCGCAUCUCCUAUUUCCAUCCGGAUGAUCACGAGGUCUCCGCUGUUACUUUGCAGCGAGUGCUCGGGCGGCCUUGUAAUUGCGGAGGGCCACAUAUGAAUCAAAGACAGCCUAAGGCGGCAGCUGGGGGAUGAGAGACACGCUGUUGAUGUGGUUUGCAAGAUUGUCGUGACUGCUAGCUAGUAUUGACGUGUGCUUUUUCUUCGUUGAUCUUGUUCUACUGAUAUAGUGGUUUUUUGGUGUUUCUUGUGGCGGUGGGUUUUAAUAGAUGUUUUACUUAUAUAUGUGCUUGUGGGCUUUCGUGACUGGAAAGUAUAUUUUAGAUGUUGUGACUUAUAUUUUACUUUCUAUUUCCCGAAUUCCAGUUGUAUCCUCGAUAAAGUUCUUUUCAACAAUGCACGCACUACUCGCUUAGUAGAAGU